AUGGCUGCUACCACAUUGAAAGAUUCAUUUCCACUUUUGACGUUGUUGGGAAUCGCUUUCCUAGCUUCAGUGUGUCUUUCUUCUAGAUCCGAUCAAGAUAACCCUUUUGUCUUUGAGUCUAACAGGUUUCAAACUCUUUUUGAGAAUGAAAACGGUCACAUUCGUCUUCUCCAAAAAUUUGAUCAACAUUCCAAACUACUUGAGAAUCUCCAAAAUUACCGUCUUUUGGAAUAUAAAUCUAAACCUCACACCAUAUUUCUUCCACAACAAACUGACGCCGAUUUCAUCCUUGUUGUCCUUAGUGGAAAAGCUAUACUCACAGUGUUAUUACCCAACGACAGAAACUCCUUCAGUCUUGAGCGAGGAGAUACCAUAAAACUUCCUGCUGGUACAAUUGGUUAUUUAGUUAACCGAGAUGACGAGGAGGAUCUUAGAGUACUAGAUCUUGUCAUCCCCGUAAAUAGACCAGGUGAACCUCAGUCUUUCUUAUUGUCUGGUAAUCAAAACCAACCGUCCAUCUUAUCUGGAUUCAGCAAGAACAUUUUAGAGGCUUCCUUCAAUACCGAUUAUAAAGAGAUAGAGAAGGUUCUCUUAGAAGAGCAUGGGAAAGAGAAAUAUCACAGGAGAGGCCUUAAAGAUAGGAGGCAGCGGGGCCAAGAAGAAAAUGUAAUAGUCAAAAUAUCAAGGAAACAAAUUGAGGAAUUGAACAAAAAUGCAAAGUCUAGCUCCAAAAAGAGUACAUCUUCUGAAUCUGAACCGUUCAAUUUGAGAAGUCGUGAGCCCAUCUAUUCCAACAAGUUUGGUAAAUUUUUUGAGAUCACCCCAAAGAGAAAUCCACAACUUCAAGACUUGAAUAUAUUUGUCAAUUAUGUGGAAAUUAAUGAGGGAUCUCUUUUGUUGCCACACUACAAUUCAAGGGCCAUAGUGAUAGUAACAGUCAAUGAAGGAAAAGGGGAUUUUGAACUUGUGGGUCAAAGAAAUGAGAACCAACAGGGCCUGAGAGAAGAAUAUGACGAGGAAAAGGAACAAGGAGAAGAAGAGAUAAGGAAACAAGUGCAAAAUUACAAAGCUAAGUUGUCUCCAGGUGAUGUUUUAGUAAUUCCAGCGGGUUAUCCAGUUGCCAUAAAAGCUUCAUCAAAUCUCAAUUUGGUGGGAUUUGGCAUCAAUGCUGAGAACAACCAGAGAUACUUCCUUGCAGGUGAGGAAGACAAUGUGAUAAGUCAGAUACAUAAACCAGUGAAAGAACUUGCAUUCCCUGGAUCAGCUCAAGAGGUAGAUACGCUACUAGAGAAUCAGAAACAAUCUCACUUUGCAAAUGCUCAACCUCAAGAAAGAGAAAGAGGAAGCCAAGAAAUAAAGGAUCAUCUGUACUCAAUUUUGGGUUCUUUUUAA